AUGAAGCUGGACUUAUUUGUCCUUAUAUCGUCUGUUGCUAGUUUAAUUGGUAUCCCUGGACAAUUAGCAUACUCAGCUGCCAACCAGUUUCUCGAUAACUUGGUACAUCACCGUCGGCAUGCUGGGCUUACCGCAUUGGCGCUCAACUAUGGCGUGAUGGGCAACUUUGCUGGUCCUUUCAAGAACUCUGGACACGACGCCGAAGAACUUGUUGAGUUCAACAUGAUGAGAGGACUAUUCUCGAUGAGUCUGCCUAAAGUGCUAACAACGUUGGAGAAAGCAAUUAUUGACAAUAUCACGCAACGAAUGGCAGCAUAUAUGGAUUAG